UCUACCCACCUCCUUAGAAACAGCACUGCACUUCUCCAUUCUCUUCCUUCAGAAUUAAAACUUCACACAUCUUUUAAUCUUAUACAACACGUACGCCCUUGAAACGCGCUCUUCCCAAUCCCCCAUAAAUGCAAAUAUACCCUUCAACAAUUAACCAAACCAAUCUGAUAAACAACAAAAAGAAGAAGAUCGAAGGAAGAGAGGAAAUCAUUAAACUAUUGAUUGCGUUUGAGGCCCAAUGUUGGAAUCUGAGUACUCUUCAGUUGAGUUGCAAUGGACGUUGUUAAUGUCGGACUCGGACAUGGCAGCAGCCGCUCAACAGCUGAUGCUACUCAGCGAUGAAGAUAACAGCAGUAGCACCAGCAGCAGCAAUGGCAACAACAACAAGAAGCAGAAAAUCAAAGUGAAGAUGAUGAAAGACGAGAGAUGCUUGGAACAAAGUCAAAAUGAGAUAACUUCAGCAAAGAUUGAAGAAAUUUUUGGGAAAGAGGAGAUUUCGAGACCAACUAAGAAACGGAGGUAUCGAUUCCUAGAGAGUAUUUACAAGGAGACAAAGUCUAUGAAGGGUAAAGGGUGUUUUUCUAGAUAGAAGGUUGAGCACAGUUUGACCAUGGCUGCUGCCGUUCCUUUGAUCUGCAAUGCAAAUUCAGCUGCUGUUCUCGUCUUUGGGUUAAUUAUAUAAUUUUAUGUGGUACUUAUUUCUCUAAUAAAAAAUCUUAUUUUAUGUUGAGAUCAAAAA